AAACUAAUUCUCGAUUCGUAGGUUAACCACUGAUACAGCACAGAUCCAAUAAUACAGCAAUAACCAAGUUGGUUAUUCUAGAUUAAAAGUACUGCAAAUCUCACAUCACAAUGGCUCUCUCAAAUGCCCUAAGUCUAGUAAAUUGGCCAGCUUUGGGAUUCACAGUGCUACCCAAUUUGGGAGGAAUAGCUGGAGGUUUUAUCACCAAGAAUGCAAUCGAGAAAUGGUACAAAACCUUAAAACUACCUUCAUGGAGGCCCCCAAACUGGGUUUUCGGACCUGUUUGGACAACCUUGUACUGUGGAAUGGGCUAUGCCUCUUAUAUGGUGUACCGUGAUGGAGGUGGAUUAAUGGGUCCAGCAAGGUUGCCCCUCACUGUAUAUGGGCUGAAUAUUGUUGCAAACUGGAUGUGGACUCCAAUAUUCUUUGGGGCAAAGAAUCUCAAACUGGCCUUUUAUGAGAUUCAGUUAGUUGAUGCCACUGCUCUGGGAAUGACAUACCUGUUUUACCAAAUAAACCCUACUGCUGGACUUCUUAUUGUCCCUUACUGUUUAUGGUUGAGUAUAGCUACCACUCUGAAUUAUGUGAUAUACAGGGACAACAAGCCCAAAAUCACUGAGUUGAAAGAAAAUUGAAUAUUUU